AUGGCCAUAAAAUACGGUGUUUCUCUUAGCCUCCUAGUGAUUCACAUUGUACUUUCUCUCUUGUUUUCAAGCCACCACUUUGCAAAAGCCGAUAAUGAGAUUGGCAAGUCCCUAAUAACAACAACUUGCAACCAUACUGAGUUUCCUGAUGUUUGCAUCUCAACUUUGGAGUCGGAUCCUCGUAGCUCUUCUGCAGAUCUUACUAACCUUUCCAGAAUUGCCUUGGAGUUAGCUAUAACCGAAGCUAAUGAGACCAAAGCAGAGGCUUUUAAAUUGGUUAAUAAUGCAAGUAGCUAUGAGAGUUGGGGAAUACGAUUAGCUUGUUAUGAUGGAUUUAAUUCGAGUGUCUAUCAAUUGGAAGAGAGUCUCCAAUACUUUGAUCAGCUGAAGUAUAAUGAGUCAAACAGAAUUGUGGAUCUUUUUAAUGGAGGUUUAAAUUAUUGUAUUAAUCUUGGAGUAGUAGAGUUAAGUGCAAGGAUCACAUUCCUUAGGAAAUUCACCACUGAUAUAGUGGCAAUUCUACAUCUCCUUUUCUAA